AUCUCGGUGUGCACGUAGGAAGUCGUGUCUUAAACUUUUCAUGCUUUUUGCAACCUUUAGCGUCAGGUUUGGGUCUUCCAUCUUGAAGUGAAUGCAUUUCUGAGGAGCUUGAACUACAAGUUUUUAGCGCUUUUACUUUGAGCGGGGUUAGUAUGAAAUGAAACAUGAGUCCAAACAAACGGUCGAAGGAGGCUAAUUUACUGGAGGUGCGCUUUGUGGGAGACGAAGAUGUUUUGGACCACAUUGUUGAUAAACAGGAAGGCUUCAAAGCACCAAAGCAUGCUGCCCAGAAGCUGGUGACCCUCAGGAGUGAGAAAGGAAAGCAGGUGGAGGAGGAAACGGAAGAGGACGUUUUCAAUCAGCAGGAUUAUGUGGAAGUCUUGGGCACUGGUGCUGAAGAUGAGGUAGGAAAUGGAUCUUCUGGCACUGGUGGUGCUGAUGUGUUCACCUUUCAGGCUUGUAAGAGGUCCAACCAAAUGGCUCAGUUGGCCUCGGAAUUGGCUCGAACACCUGGGAAGAGUGUUAAAUUCACCACACCAGACUCCCCUGAAGAGGUCAUUAGCCCUUCCAGGACAAGCACAAAACAUGAAAAUCAAAACAAGACCCCAUCAAAGGGUAAAAAUGUGCGGUUUAUCUCAACCACUCCACACAGACUGCGAAAGCGCCUGUCAGCACCCAAUUUGAAGUCGGACAGUGACAGUGAGUACUCCCCCUCAAAUUCUGAAGAAGAUGAUGAAGAAGAGAGGAUAGAAAAGUCUGAUAAUGUGGAUAUGGAGCCAAAGACACCAAGGAAGGCAUUGGCAGCAGCUCUCCACAAGACACCAGCCAAGAAAAAUAAAAAAGGACCUGAACCCAACCUGGUAGAAGAGUACUUUGAAGCACACAGCAGUUCAAAGGUGUUAACUUCUGAUAGAACCCUCCAGAAACUGCAAACGCCCAAAUUAGACCAGGAAACAUUAUGCAGACUUUUGGAGGGGAAGACCUUUAACUUCUCUGAUGAGAUCAACCAGUUGAACAUGGAGCAUGAAAAGCAUUUCAGCAAAUGGAUACUUCAGUUGCAGUUGGGCUUCAGCAUUGUCCUAUAUGGCCUGGGUUCCAAGAAGGCUUUGCUGGAGAAGUUUCGCACCUGCAUGUUGAUGAACUCUGUUCAUCUUGUCAUCAAUGGUUUCUUUCCCAGCAUCACCCUCAAAUCGAUUCUGAAUUCUAUCACUGAGGAUGUUUUAGGUUAUCAAGGCAGCUUCCGCACGCCACUGGCCCAGACAGACUUCAUUGUUAAAGCCCUGAAGGAAGGGAAGGAAGGUAUAUGCAAAGAGGUUGAUUUUCAUCUCUACUUGAUUAUCCACAACAUUGAUGGCCUGAUGCUGAGAGGAGAGAAGACGCAGCAAACUCUGGCACAGCUGGCAGCCAUUCCCAACCUGCACCUCAUUGCUUCCAUCGACCACAUUAAUGCACCCCUCAUAUGGGACCAGUCGAAAAUGAGCCUUUUUAACUGGCUGUGGUAUGAGACUACCACCUACCUGCCCUAUGUGGAGGAGACCUCUUAUGAGAACUCUCUGCUGGUGCAGCAGUCUGGAGCCAUUGCUCUCAGCUCCUUGACCCAUGUCAUGCGCAGCCUGACACCCAAUGCCAGAGGGAUCUUCAGACUGUUGGCUGAGUUUCAGCUAGAAAACAAAGACAACCCCUCAUACACAGGCCUUUCCUUCCAAGAUUUCUACCAGCGCUGUCGUGAGGCUUUCCUGGUGAAUAGUGAUAUCACACUGAGGACGCAGUUGACAGAGUUCAAGGACCACAAGCUCAUCAGGACCAAGAAGGGUGUGGAUGGCGUAGAAUACCUGAUCAUUUCCAUCGACACUGGAACCCUGACUGACUUUCUAGAGAAGGAGGAUACAGACUGAGAAGACGAGACAGUUUCUCUCCCAGGAGUCUAUACUGCUUUGCAUUACCCAUCCAAAGACAUUUACUAUCUUGCUGACCAGAAUAGGAUGUUUCUGCUUUAUUCAUCCUUAAGCCACGUGAAUGUUAAUUACACUGAUGUGAAAACGUCCCUAACGUCCCUAGUAGAUUUUUAGACCACUUAUGAAGUACCAGUCAUUUUUCUGUGCUUAUUGGCAGCUGAAAAAUGACCGUUGAAACAUGACCAGUCAGAAUAGAAAUGUUUUUUUAACUGCAUAGAGCAGUUAUCAUCAGCACUUUUGAAGGCAUAGUCAUUGCAUGAUGAUGAGACUAAAGUUUCCUAAUUUAACCAUGACUGAUAUGUAAAAAUAAAUUGUAUUAAAAUUAUUUUCAUCUUGA